AUGGCCACCACUCCCGCUACCAUCAUCGACGACUUGAGCGACAUUCCCAAGUACUACCCCUCGCUCUUCCACGGUCCAGCAGAUCCACCUCUUGUAACUCUCACCCUCGGCGAGUUCCUCGAUGCACAGUGCCGACGACAUGGAGACCGUGAAUGUAUCGUCAUCCCCUGGAAUGGAGACCGAUGGACCUACGAUGAUCUCCGAGACCAGAGCUUGAAUAUUGCCAAAUACCUCCACGCGAGAGGUAUAAAACCUGGUGAUCGAGUGGCCAUUCUUGCCGGAAACCGUACCGAAUAUGCCUCUGUAUUCUUUGCUUGCAUGCGGUUGGGGGCAGUUUUGGUCAUUUUGAACAACACAUACACAACUCCCGAGGCGGAGUAUGCUCUCAACUAUACCGAGACCAAGGUUCUUUUCGCAACUCCUUUCAUUGGCCGUCAAGACAACCGAGCAAUGCUCAAUCGAUUCAGUAAAUAUGCCGGGCCGCUACCGAAACUCCAACAGAUCAUCUUGUUGGAGGGCAGCCUCAACGAGCUUCUCGAUUACCACACCGCCGUGCGAGUUGGUGAUAGGUUGCCAGAAGGUCCUGUAAGGCAACUUCAAGAGAGCAUAAGUCCAUACGAGACAUGCAACCUGCAGUUCACCUCGGGAUCCACGGGGCACCCCAAAGCAGCAAUGCUCACCCACCAUGGACUUCUCAACAACGCCCGCUUCAUUGGCGACCGUAUGAGCUUGACAGAGGAGGAUGUUCUGUGUUGUCCUCCACCACUCUUCCAUUGCUUCGGCCUGGUGCUUGGAUUGCUUGCAGUCAUGACGCACGGAGCGAAGAUCGUAUAUCCUUCUGAAGUGUUUGAUGGACCAUCCGUCUUGCAAGCCAUUACCGACGAGAGCUGCACUGCGGUGCAUGGCGUACCGGCCAUGUUUGAUACCCUGUUCAGUCUGCCUAGGCCAGCCAACUUCGAUUGCAGCCGGUUACGAACAGGAAUCAUUGCUGGAGCGCCAGUCCCUCGACAUCUCAUGGAGUUGCUCGUUAAUGAGUUCGGCAUGACCGAGUUCACCAGCAGCUACGGCCUUACAGAAGCAUCUCCCACUUGUUUCAACGCCUAUGUGGACGACUCCAUCGACCGAAGGCUCACCACGGUAGGCACACUCAUGCCCCACGCCCACGCCAAGAUCGUAGACAGAGAAGGACGCAUCGUUCCAGUGGGUGUUCGUGGCGAACUCUGCAUGGCCGGAUAUCAGCUCCAGCAAGGCUACUGGCGCAACCCUGAAAGGACUGCCGAAGCAAUGGAACGUGAUGAGAACGGCGUGCUAUGGUUGCAUACCGGUGACGAAGCCGUCUUUGACCAGUACGGCUAUUGCAGCAUUACAGGCCGCUUCAAGGAUAUCAUCAUCCGAGGUGGCGAGAACAUUUAUCCGCUUGAGAUCGAAGAGCGCCUGGUGGAGCAUCCUGCCAUCGAGCGUGCCAUUGUCGUUGGCCUGCCCCAUCCGAAAUAUCAAGAAGUGCCUGCCGCCUUCCUGCAACGAGUCGAGAGUGUGCAGAAUCGGCCAUCAAUGGAGGAGAUCCAGGAGUGGACUAGGAAAACCCUCGGUCGACACAAAGCUCCCGUUCACGUCUUUUGGUUGGGCGAAGAUGGAGUAACGGCAGAUGUUCCCAUCACUGGGAGUGGAAAGAUCAAGAAGUUUGAGAUGAGGAAGAUAGGACAAGAGCUGUUGGCUGCGCAGCCCAAGGCCAAGCUUUGA